UGCAUCACGCAUCAAUCACUCUUAACCCAAAGCGCAGAAAGCAUUAGUAUGACGAUCAUGCGGAUGUUCCUAGCUCUCUGCGCCCUUGGGUUCGUCGCAGGAGUAGUAGAAGAUGGAUCGUCGUUUGACGUCAGCGCUUACCCGGUCAAGUGGGACGAGGACCCAUCUGUGGGAUCAGGUGACCUGGCCGCUCCACCGUCUCCCGGUACUGAGGCGCCGGCACCGCCUCCGAAGCAUCACAUGAUGGUGAAGAAGGGCAUGCUGUUUCUGGAGCGCGACCUCUUUGCCGGGGCGCUCCUGCCGGCAAACACCCGGCUGGGCUACGUCAGACGCUCGAGUUCACCAGGCCCAGUCAUUUCAAGUACUACAAGCCCAGUACCACCCUUCAGGUACAGCAGUUUCGAGAAAAUCUUGAAGUUUUACAAUGUAACCCACGGCUCCAAGCAAGCAGGGAGGAUCUCGGAGACUCUCCAGUUCUGCGAGGAGGCAGGAGACAAGGAACCACACGUGUGCGCAACGUCUGUGGCAGCCGCGAGAGAGUUCGCCGCCACCGUUUUGGGCACCAAGGAGCCGCGCGCGGUCACUUCAACCCUUCACGGGCGCACAGAACCCCUCCGCUACGUGGUGGCGCCCAACGGAAUCGCCAGCGUCGGCGGCGACGCGGUGGUGCCAUGCCACCCCCUGGCGUACCCUGUGGAGGUCUUUUACUGCCACAACCCCAGCAACGUGCAAGCACUCCGUGUCCAACUUGUUGGACAGGAGGACCCUUCCGUCGGCGCCACGGCCAUCGCAGUAUGCCACAAGGAUACCGGCGACUGGGAUGAGGCGUACUUCGUGAUGCUGAACGGAUCCCGUGGCGAGCCGAUAUGUCACUUCAUGCCGGCCAAUUACCUCCUGUGGCUCUAGGAGGUGAAGACACGAGCAGCAAGUACGAGAGUUGAGAGACAGCCGGCCGGUGACGUGUAAUUUCGGACUUAGUAGCCGAUCUAGCUUAAAUAAACGUCACUGUAUCUGUAUGCCCUUACCAGUUAUUGUAAGCGCAUGUAGCGCAAAGAUAUAUGUACCCCGAAAAAUGAUAUGAUACAGUCAUACAGAUAUAGUAUAUUGUGA